ACUUGACUUAAGUCUGGAGACAGGUAUCAAACAGUCAACCCUGGAUCAGAGCUGAAUCUUCUUUCUUUUGGCCAAAAGGGUACAGCAUGUCCGAAAUGCUUGACAACAUCUUCACGAAGAACUUUAUGAACCUGGCUCUGGAUGAUGCCUUGCUCACGAAACAAUCUCAACUCAAAGGCCCGGGGCGGCUGAACCGGUCAGCGUCCUUCUUCUCUCCCCCCUCCCCUCCUGCCUCCUCGAGCCACAGCUUGAGCACCGAGCAUGUUAACAAUAAUGACAACGGCAGCCCUUUCUGGUCCUCCAACAUCUGGAGCCAGGGCCCUGACUCCAAACCCCAACAGCCCCCCUUCCGGCCCGACCGCUCCAUGAGCCUGACCGAGUCCAGCAGCAGCCUGCUCUCCUCCUUCAGAAAGCUGACCAACCUGGAUGCUUUUCCCUCUGCUACUACUGUGGCUCCACCACCUGGCUUUCCUCCCUCAUCUACCCUCCAAGCCCAGGUUCCACAAAUGGUGGCACCCAAUCGUUAUAAGACGGAGCUGUGCCGUGGCUUCCAGGAGACUGGCAGCUGCAAGUAUGGCAGUAAGUGCCAGUUUGCCCAUGGCGAGGAAGAGCUGCGUGGACUCUUCCGCCACCCCAAGUACAAGACAGAGCCCUGCAGAACCUUCUACAACUUUGGCUACUGCCCCUAUGGCUCCCGCUGCCACUUCAUCCAUGAGGACAAAAACAGUGGAAGUCCGUUAUCGACUGCCAAAUUCCAGAAUCAGCAGCAACCGACUCCCAGUGGUCAAAAUCCACGCCACCAGCUGCGCCAGAGUGUCAGCUUCGGUGGGUUCCUGGGGUCUUCACGCAGCUCACCUCCUCCAUCAUUCCUUUCAUCCUUCAAUGAUCCUAACCUGGGCUUCAGCCGUGCAGCCUCUGUUUCCCCACCUCCCGCUGAUCUCCUCUCCCCAGUGUUUUCUGACUCCCUGCAGCGGGAGGCAGCAGCAUUCCAGUUUGCCAACCAUCAGACCCGUGCCAGCGCCGGAGACAUCCACAACAUUCCUCUAAUCCUGGAGCCAAAGGCCUCACGCUGCGUGUGUGGCCAUGGAAAUAACUUUAACAGCAACAACAGCAGAGCCUUCACCAGCAUGGAGGAUGGGCACCAGCAAGACAGCAGCAUGCCGUUUCCUGGUCCUGGAGGCCAGAGAGUAUUCUUGAAGCCUGGUGGACUCCAGCGUUUCUCCUCUGAGGACUCCCUGGAGGACAGCUACAGCAGCAGCAGCGGAGGUUCCAGUGGAACUGAGUCGCCAACUUUAGACGCAGCCAGCAAGAGGCUCACUGUGUUUGAACGUCUGUCCCUUUCCGACUAAACGGAUCCAAAAGGGAAGGAGCAGAAGACAACUAUUAACUGCUUUUAUUUCUCUGGACUUUCUUCAGAACCAGAACUGAUCAGGACAAGUCAACUUUUGACACAAUAACACUUAAAGCUCUUAAUUUAUGUUUGUAAAAUGGAACUUGUCUUGGGAAAGCUACACAUACUGAGAUGAUUUUAGUACCCAAAUGUUAUCAGACUAUUUUUAUACUUAAAAUAUAUUGUGUAGCUUAUUUGACCUUUGUAUGUGGUCUUCCAUAAAAAUUAACUCCUCUGCAGGUCUUGAAAUUACCAGUAAAUAGUCAAGUUUGUACAUCUGUAGUGAUCAAAAUGGCUUAUUUUUAGUGAUAAUCAUUAACUUCUUACCCUUAAAGAUUCUCCCUGCCUCACAGGCCAUUUACUCUUGGUGCCACAAACAGUAUGUUGGAUUCAGUAGCCUUAAAUCAGUGAGACCUUGACAUGUGUCAUUGAUGCCAUUUUAUCUGUGAUAUGCACUUUACAGCUAAUCCAAAUGGGAGAAACUGUCAAGUCUCCCAGUAGCAUUCAACCAAAGCUUCGUACUUCAAUCUGCUCUGUGUGUCCGUAUGUGUGUGUAUGUGUAUAUGUGCUUGUGUGGGUGUAUGAGUGUAACCAUGUCAUUUUCCUGAGACCUGGGGUGCAAGCAUGUUAAAGUUGCAGAAUGCUGAAAGAUCAAAGUGUGCGAACAGCAAAAUGUAUGUCAGUGAGUUUAGAUUUUAACAUCUGUAUCUUGACACACUUGAUGAGAUGUAUUAUGUGAAACAUUCUGUUAUCUUUUUCUAGUUUGUAAAUUGCACCCCAUCCUUUAUUGUCCCGUUUCUUUGACAACCUGGUUCAGGGACUUUAACACCGCAGUAUUCCUUUUGGUUAUUGGUUGCCUUGUGUUGUUUAACUUAAACUAAUAUAUUUAUUAUGAUAUUUAUUUGUGUUUAAAGAAAAAAAAAUGUAUUUUGUACUUUAUUUAUGGAGAAAUAUUUCAACGUCUGUGAAAUACCAAUGUGAGAAAAAGCAGUAAAAAAAAAAAGAGAAUCUUAUAUUUUGAAUUUGCCUGAAAGGGACAAAAUAAAUUUCUGAAUAAAGAAAUGAAUGUAU